AAUCGGAGGGUAUAAAACGGUAGAUUUGUCAUCAGCCUCUAGCUUACUAGGUCAGCGGUCACCAUGGCAUCUCUAGCAUACUUGUUCCUCGCAAUUCUUGCUACUGCUUCAGCAGCGCCUGAGACUCGCCUUGCUGGCGGUGAUCCCACCACCAUCAACGACUUCCCCUACAUAGUGGCCUACACCUACUCGUACCCCAAUGCUGGUAUCACCAUCCAGCGGUGCGUGGGAUCUCUGAUCUCCUCCUGGCAUGUGCUCUCUUCGGCUUUUUGCUUCAGUGGCGCCAAUUUGGACAACUUGCUGGUCCGCGCCGGUUCCACCAACAGCUUGGUCGGUGGCACUGUUGCCUUGGUCAGCCACUUCGUGCAGAACCCUGACUACGUCGCGAGCCCCCGCGCUAAUGACAUCGCCGUGUCCUUCCUCGUCGAGCCGCUAGGCAUAACUGACACCAUCAAUGUGUUGUACCUCCCUCCUAACAACUUUUACCUCGCCGAUGGACUUCCUCUUAAGGUUUUCAGCUGGGGAUUCAAUGCUGAGGGAAGCCAAUCCGACACUCUCCAGUCAGUAACUCUUGACAAGCAGAACUUAGAUGAAUGCGCAGCUACCUACGCCGAUGAAAGCGCCGUCGCUAUCACAGACAACGUCAUCUGCGCCAGCGCAGCCGGUAAAGGCACGUGCAACGGCGACUCCGGCGCCCCCAUGGUUCUCGACAACGUGAUCGUGGGCGUGUCCUCAUACUUCAAGAACUGCGGUGAUGAUGCAUACCCUGAUGUCUUCACGAGGGUCGACAAGUUCACCAACUGGAUUCUGUCUGUCGCUGUAGCAGGCAGGAGUUCUCCAGGGAUGCAAGCUGCCCCGGCUACUUUGUAGAUAUAACACCCGGAUACCAAAACGCAAUUUUAAAUGAUCUUAAAUCUGUCGCGAAUGACAUUUUAAAGUGUCAGAGUGACACAUUAAAAGUGAUUGUUGUUUUAGUAUUCAGGCAUAA